UCACGUACCGUGUUCCGUAAGAACAGUAAGAUCAUGGAAGUUGUACAGAUACUACAAAAUCGUGUAAAACGAUCUAAAAUUUUACAAUUGCUCGUGGUUUUAAUUGCCACUUUGGCAAUAUAUUCGUUUUAUAAACUUGGAAGCACUCCAAAGAUUUCGGGUUUGAAUACAAGUUAUCAUGAGAGAGACAAACAUGUUGUGCAAAACCAAAAACAAGUUAAAGAAACUCUACUUUCAGUUUCGGAUUCAGCUGUAAACAAAGUUGUGAAAGACGAAGAUGAUCACCCUAUCGAUGUAAUGAUAACUUUUACCAAAGCAGAAAACAAUAACAAUCUUCAAGUCAAGUUUAGAAUGACUGUCAUGUCGCUAUUCAAAUUUGCUAGCUCUAAAAUUAAUCUUUACAUACUUGGAGAUGUGAAAAGUGAGGAAAUUGCCAAAGAUAUCCUUUCAGAAGUUGCUGAUAAACAAAAAUAUAAUGUCUUGCAUUUAGACAUAGACACUUUAGUUAAAGAAGUCCACGAGAUAGUAUCAGAGAUGCAGAAAUAUUUCAGCUACAAACCAGGGGCGUAUUACAGCGAUUCCUUGUUCUUCAUGUCACUUGUCAUUCAUAAAGUUCUACCUGACAUGCAUAAAGUGAUCAUGUUGGAUUGUGAUUUAAAAUUUAAUGCAGACAUCAAAGAAUUGUUCAACCGGUUUGAAUUAUUUACUGACACUAACAUAAUGGGAAUAGCUAGAGAUGCACAACCUGUUUAUAGACACAAUUUUCAUAUGUACAUAAACAAAAACAAAGGGACAAGAGUUGGUGCCCCUCCGCCUGACGGUCUAACUGGUUUCAACAGUGGCGUAUUAUUACUAGACCUUGAUAAGAUGAGAAAAUCUGAAGUUUAUAACUCACUUUUAUCUGCUGAGUCUAUCAAACUUCUCACUGAAAAAUUCCUGUUCAAGGGCCAUCUUGGUGAUCAAGAUUUUUACUCAUUGAUCUCAUUGGAACACGAGGAAUUGUUCCAUGUGUUACCGUGUACUUGGAAUAGACAGUUAUGCACAUGGUGGCGUGAUCAUGGUUAUGCUGAAGUAUUUGAUCAGUAUUUUAAAUGUGAAGGUCAUAUCAAUAUAUACCACGGCAACUGUAACACUGCAAUACCAAAACUUGAUUGGGAAUCUUAGCUUUGGAAACACAUUAUUAUUUUUUUUUUAUCUUAAAACACUUUUAAGGAAAAGUGAAUGAGAUUCUUGAAAGCGUUGUUACAUAAAAAAACAACUGUUAUUUAGUGUUUGAAAUUAUUUUUUGCCCAAUAGGAUUGCAGUACAUGUAUUUCAAAUGAAUCGAACACAUUUACAUUGGUAAAUCGGAAAACUGUAAAUCAGACUGGUAAAUUCACUGUUUAUAAAAAUAAUUUAAAAAGUUUGUAAACACAUUUUAAUAAACUUUAACCUAUACAUAAUCAUUAUAUACAUGCAUUUUGAAAAAAUUGCAUAAUGGAAGUUGAAAAUUUUUGUCAAACUUAUUUUGUUAGCACAAAUAAAAUGAAGAAUAAUAAUGUAAAUUUAUUGUAUUGAUAAUCUUAUUUUGAUAGUGGAAAUAGUCCGAUGGAUUAUAAGAUUAGAUUUAUUAAGGUUAAGAACUGAUUAUAUUCUGCUGACUUGACAUUUAUCUUUAUGCUUAAUAUAUUGCUUUGACAUUGAAAUACUUAUUUUGUAAGAUCUAAGUAUUGGGGGGGGGGGGGGGUGAGAGAGAGAGGCUUGGGUAUAGGUAGACCUGUGUAAAUAGAUACUGCUUGGAACUUGGCAAAUGUUGGAUGUUCUCAUGUAGUCUAGGAUACAAACAGAAUUUAACUGUUCACACUGCAGUACUGUUUACAUUACAGUGAUCACGGUGUUAUACUUGUUAACGCUACCUUAACCAAGUUGUAACUGUGAAAGUUUGUACCCAGAGAUUAGAUGGGAAAAACCAGCAUUCACUGAGUUCCAUAAUAUAUCAAUUGUCAUUUACCCUACCAUUGACAGCAUUGUACUUGCGGAAGUAUAAUUAUAGUGUAUUUACUUACUCAUUAACAAAUAUUUGGUGUUUGAAAUUAUUAAUGUUCAAUAGGACUGUAGUAUUUCAAAUGAAUCAUAACACAUCUACUUUCGUAUAUUGGCUAAUCAUUAACCAUUAAAUUAACUGCUGUCUUUUAGACUUAUUUUAUUUAUCUGGAGGCAUGCCACUUUAAAGUAAUGUAAAUGUACAGUCUCACUGUUCAGUAAAAGCUUCAGCUGGAAGGUUAGGUCUUUAUUUACAGAGGUUGACUGUAUGUAAAAUGAUAAUCUGAUUUUAUUUCAAAGUAAAGGUAUACCUGUAUUAUUGAAAUCCAAUUAUUUGUUGUAUAUAACCAAAAAUUUAUUA